CUUGCCCGGAUGUAGUUCGCUUGCUUCCGUCCAUCUUGAAGUUAUCGGACAUCGAAGACGUAGAUCUAAGAGGUGGGUCCUCAAGUCGGUGACCAGGAGAGCUUCGGGACUAGUCUGGUGUCAAGGUGCCCACCUGAGCACAACCACCAUGCCUCGUGGUCAGAAGAGUAAGCUCCGUGCCCGUGAGAAACGCCGCCAGGCCCGAGAAGAGAGUCGGCGUCUCCAGGAUGCUCAGUCCCAAGCAGCUGAAGAGAAGUCACCCUCCUUGUCCUCUGCUGGUCCGAAGACCUCUUCCCCCAGCACCAGUGCUGUAGGCGGUCCCCAGGAGCCGCAGAUGGCCGGAGCCACCAGCUCUCUUGCUCCAGCUCUGAGCUCCGAUAAAGGUGCCAGUUGCCCAGAGGGGCAAUGCCCAGGCUUUGCCAUCCUGUAUGCCCUGGAGAAAGACAAAGGAGAUCCUCUGGGCAAGGUGGUGAACAUGCUGGUGCACUUCCUACUGCACAAGUACAAGAUGAAAGAGCUCGUUGUGAAGGCAGAUAUGCUGAAGGUCAUCGACAGAAAGCAUAAGAAGAACUUCCGUGAAAUCCUCCAGAAAGCCACUGAGCGCCUGGAGCUGAUCUUUGGCCUUGACCUGAAGGAAAUAGGCCCCACUGGUCACUCCUAUGUCCUCGUCAGCAAGAUGUAUCUUUCCAGCGAAGAAAGUGUGAGUGAAGGCUGGGGCUUUCCCAAGAAUGGGCUCCUGAUGCCACUCCUGGGUGUGAUCUUCAUGAAUGGCAACCGUGCCACCGAGUCAGAAGUGUGGGAGUCCCUGAAUAUGCUGGGGGUGUAUGAUGGCAAGCAGCACUUCAUCUUUGGGGAUCCCAGAAAGUUCAUCACCAAAGAUCUGGUGCAGGAAGAAUACCUGGUGUACCGCCAGAUAGCCGAUAGUUAUCCUCCCCAAUAUGAGUUCCUGUGGGGUCCAAGAGCCUAUGCGGAGACCAGCAAGAUGCUAGUCCUGGAGUUUUUGGCCAAGCUCAGUAAUAUGGAUCCCACUAACUUCCCUUCCCAGUAUGAGGAAGCGCUGAGAGAAGAACACGAGAGAGUCCAAGCCAGAAUUGCAGCAAGAGCUGGGAGAGCUCUUGCUGCCGAGGCCAGAGCCAGCAGAGCCACCCAGCGUUAGUGCGAGCAAUGAGGCAGGUCUCACUUCUGAGUAGUGGGGAGCAAGGUGGGCUUGGGGAACCAAGGUGAAUGUUUCGUGUUUCUGUUAUUCAUAAGUACUUGUAGAUUUAUGUCCUGUUUUCUGUUUUUCCAUUGCAUUCGUUUUAAAGAGUUUAUUUAGAUGUAGGACCUAAGUUUAUGAAAGACAUGGGUCACCUGUUCCUGUUUACUAAGUUUACUAUAUUGUAAAACAAGUUGCAAGGCCUAGCGUCCUCUAUGGUUACCCAGUACAGGGAACACAGCAUUGGAAUAGAGAUUUUAAAAUGUAAAAGAACCCCAAAGAGAAAUAGUUGGGAUUAUAACAUGGUGAAGAAAAGUAAAAAGAGGUCAAUUUCUGGUUUUACUUACUUUAGUCUUUUAGUAAAUUUAAAAGAUAUGUACCUUAGCUUGUUUAGGAAUGU